AAUCUAACAAAGUGGUGCGCUCAUUUUAUUUCCCAUCUAUCUGUACCCUUUAAACUCUUCCGUUAGAUACCGACGCAAAACCCUUGCCAUUGUUUCAGCUUCUCUGUUCAGCCGCUCCAAGCCUCCACCCGAUCGAGACUCCCGAAGACGAAAAAAACAUAACAGAUCCCCUUCGAUCGUGAAAAGAUGGCAGCUGAAGAUGGUGGUAUUGCUGUCGAAACUACUGCUCCAGCUCUUGGAGAGCCCAUGGACCUGAUGACAGCACUUCAACUUGUGAUGAAGAAAUCAUUGGCCCAUGAUGGGCUUGUUCGUGGGCUCCAUGAAGCUGCCAAGGUGAUUGAAAAGCAUGCUGCACAGCUUUGUAUUCUGGCCGAGGACUGUAACCAGCCUGACUAUACCAAGUUGGUCAAAGCACUUUGUGCUGAUCACAAUGUGCAUUUGGUAACAGUACCAAGUGCAAAAACCCUUGGCGAGUGGGCGGGGCUAUGCAAGAUUGACUCUGAGGGAAAGGCAAGAAAAGUUGUGGGUUGUUCAUGUGUGGUUAUCAAGGAUUAUGGUGAAGAAUCAGAGGGUCUUCAUAUAGUUCAGGAAUAUGUGAAAUCACACUGAACAAUGGGAACCGAUUUGUAGUGGAUCAAAUUUGAUGGCUUAUUAGACUUUGUUGGAAACAUUCACCAUUGAGGCUUUAUGUGGAAUGUUGCAGCUAUUAGGUUUUAAGACUUCUAUGUCAAAGUCAUUUGGAUUUUUCUUAACAGAGUUUUAAUUUUGCUUUCAAAGUCUGCAUUUUAGGGGCUUGCCUCCACCUUUUCCUUUUCUAAAUUAAGAAGUAUUAUAGUCAAAUUUAAUGGGCCUUUGAUGGA